AUGUUUGAUACUUACCUCCGCGAGAAAACAAAGGCAUGUGUGGCAGGCACAAGGCGGGGAGGCUGGUCACCUGUGGUAGUACUAAGUCUACUGUGCUUGGCUCUCCUUCCCGACGACGUAAAGGCAGGUACAGUUUCGGUAAAUAAUGGUGUGACUACAAGUGUAGCGACAACGACACAGAGCCUGAACAAUUCAGGUAUUCAUGAGUAUUAUCGAUGUAUGUAUUGCCAUAAAGCGGAACACAUCAUAGACUGCCUUGAAGUGAUUACGUGCGCACCACAUGAGGUUUGCUAUGUUGAAAAAGAAAUGUUGCAAUCGGGUUGGCCAGUCAUCAACGCAGGAUGCAGAUCACGACAUGCGUGUAAUUUGAAGACGUGUUUCGGAGAGUCUAUGCACGGAUACAGUCACUCGAAAAAACGUUCAACAUUGUCCUGUCACCAUUGUUGUGAGGGAGAGUUCUGCAAUUUGUAUGGCUGCCCUGAUAGCGAGGACAUGGCAGUGUUACCGUCUACAAGAUGUCUGGGCUGUGAUGCAGUCAAAGAUCCCGUCUAUUGUGACAAAUUGAUUAAUUGUCCAUAUUCACAGCAAUGUGUGGCCUAUGGAGUGUUUCACGCUGGAGGCUUGCGCUUUGAACUAGGUUGCGAAGAAAAGACGUAUUGCAAUGCUUUUAAAAACAAUAGUAAAGUGAGCCGUGAUGUCACUCAUCAUGUAGGUGAAAUAGACCUUGCGUCAACGUGCUGUGACACACAUUUAUGUAACCGAAACUGGCCAGUGAGAGAUCACGUAACCAUACCAACAUCAGAAAACUGCAAAGACAGGGCUACAGAGAGCAGCUGUAUCUUUCUCAACCAGACCAACCACAUAUGUGAUAGUAUAUCCCUUACCUCGGUCUACUACUGUGUCAAGUUCUGCGGCUUCUGCACUCCAGUACCUACCCGCUCAGGAAUACAAGGACAGACAACUCCUAUUGUUGGCACGCUCACUACAUCAACUUUCCGUACGUAUAGUCUAACAACCAUUCUUACAGUUGAUGUUGUAUGUUUGAGAGAAAACUGA